AAAAUCCCAUCUUAUUCGGAUCCUACCUGUGACCCGAAUCCGUUUUUCAGUCUUCCUCUGAAGCUUCUUCCACUGUUCGUUCAUGGCGUCUCUUUCAAUUGUUGAAUUUUGAAUAUAAUACAUAGUUAGUAAGCAACCCUUUUGGAUUCUUAAGCUUAAAGUAACAUCUCUUUCUUGAUUAAAACUCUUUAACUUCUCACCAAACACUUUCUCAACUAACGCUUUUCCUUCAAAAAUCUUCAAAUCCACUCUUUUUUUCCAUUGCUUCAGUCUAAAACUUCGAGAUCUUGAAAACCUUUUGAUUAUACUGAGAAAUGAAGCAGUUAGCAGCUUUACAGCAAGGUCGCCGGAGCAAUAGCUUUAGAGGUUCGUCAGCGUUAGAUUCGUCGUCAGAUGGGUCUGUAAAGUCACCAGCGACUAUUUUCUGGCUUGUGCUUCAUGGGGUUUGCUGUUUGAUCAGUUUGGUUCUGGGUUUCAGAUUUUCGCGUUUGGUGUUCUUUCUUUUGUUUACUAACUCAGCUACUACUCCAAACAGUAUUUAUUCAGCGACCUCUUUGUUUCAUGAUCCGGGUGCUGAUGUAGCUGUUAAGACGGAAAUGACCUCAUUUUCCGGUGGGGAAGAUCAGCUGAAUAGGACAUCGGUGUCGAGUAGCCGGGUGGUGGUAGGACGGCAUGGGAUAUUAAUAAGGCCUUGGCCUCAUCCGAAUGCGAGUGAGGUGAUGCAGGCACAUAAGAUAAUGGAGAUAGUUCAAAGGGAGCAGAGAUUACAGUAUGGUGUUAAGAGUCCAAGGACUGUAAUUGCUGUAACACCAACAUAUGUGAGAACUUUUCAGACUUUGCAUCUUACAGGUGUGAUGCAUUCUUUGAUGAAUGUGCCAUACAAUGUUGUGUGGAUUGUGGUGGAAGCUGGAGGCACAACUAAUGAGACCGCCUCGCUGAUCGCCAAAUCGGGUUUGAAGACAGUUCACAUUGGAUUACGUGAGAAGAUGCCUAUUUUGUGGGAAGAUCGCCAUAAAUUGGAGGCAAAAAUGAGACUUCGCGCUAUGAGAUAUGUGAGAGAAGAGAAGUUGGAUGGGAUAGUGAUAUUUGCUGAUGAUAGUAAUAUGCAUAGUUUAGAGUUUUUUGAUGAGAUUCAGAAAGUGAAAUGGAUUGGUGCUCUAUCGGUGGGCAUUCUUGCUCAUUCAGGUGGUGUGGAGGAGGAGAUAUCAACAGUUCAGAAAGAGGAAGAUAAGAAUUUGCAAUUGCCAGUUCAGGGUCCAGCUUGUAAUUCGUCAGAUCAUUUUGUUGGCUGGCACACCUUUGAUUCGUCUCAAUACGUGGAGAAGAGUGCCAGAUACAUUGGUGACAGGGCAGUUGUGCUGCCAAGGAAGCUUGAGUGGGCUGGCUUUGUGUUGAAUUCCAGAUUAGUCUGGAAAGAUGCUGAAGAUAAGCCUGAAUGGGUUAAGGAUUUGGAUGAUGUAGUGGGAGACAGGGAAGAUGUUGAGAACCCUCUAUCUUUGCUGAAGGAUCUUUCAAUGGUGGAGCCUCUCGGAAGUUGUGGGCGCAAAAUUAUGCUGUGGUGGCUACGGGUUGAAGCACGAGCAGACAGCAAAUUCCCUGCCAGAUGGAUCAUUGACCCUCCACUAGAUGUGACUGUCCCAGCAAAACGCACACCAUGGCCGGAUGUUCCUCCAGAGCUUCCUUCUGGUGAAAAGUUGGUCACUAUGCAAGAGCACACCGAGAAGCGCCCACCAAAAACACGAUCAAGAAAACGUAGUUCUCGGGGAAAGAGAAAGCACGCAGCAAAGAACAUUGACGACCAUCAUUCAACCAGGCAAUCAGCGGAGAACAAGUAAUAAUCAUCUGUGAAUUCAGCAAGUUUGAAAACCACGCUACUAUCCUUUGUCUCGUAAAUAGGAGAAGGCAUUUCUUACAAUAGCAAUUAAAAUACAUACUACCUGUCCUUCAUUCAAUUAUAUCUUUGUAUUCUUUCCCACUUCUUCUGUCCUAUUUUUGGUCUUUAGUCUUUUGUGUAAUUGAAUUGUUUCUGAGUUAGAAGGUGUUGGUGUUUUUGUUGUUGUCACUGUUACCAGACUCCUUUCUUGCCAAAAGCUUUGUAUUCAUGGCUUGGAGUUUAUAUAUGUAAUGACAACAUCUAGAGAUGAGAAAGUUUAUGCUCAA